AUGAGUAAUCAAGAUUAUUUUGCAAAAGAUUUUGACCCUUCUAAGGUCACUGUAAAACGUCUUAAAGAGAUUUUAAACGCUAAUGAUAUUCCUUAUAGAGAUAUUUCAAGAAAGGCUGAAUUCAUCCAGAAAUUUCAAGAUCAUGUUCUUCCUAUUGUCGAAUUACAAAGGAGAACAGGAGGACAACAAGAACGAAAAACUGACAAAGAGUCUAGAGCACGAACAGUUGACAACGAACAAAGACACACUGAAGAAGAGAUCGUGCCUUCUGUUUCAACUACACAAAUUAAAACGCCACAUCAAAAAAGGCAGAAGUCUGGACGUGCAAGUAGCAAAAAACGAAGAGAGGUAAUCGAGCAACAUGUUCAAGGUGAAAUAGCUGUCGAAACACAACAGACUACAACGGUAGAAAGUACAAGGCAAAGUCUAUUGAAUCAAAAUUAUUCUGAAAAUGUUUCCCCACCACGUACUUUAAGAGCUCCAACGUCUCCUGCGCCAUUUUACCCUAUGAUGCCUCCAUAUUCUAGAACUCCCGCAUAUCCUUUUCUAGAACCAGAAGAACUGGAGGUAGUAAAGCGCAAGGAACAAGAAUUACGACAGUCAACUGAACUUGAUGAAGUAUCCCUAUAUCCUCCUACUCAAGGAGAUUCUCAAUAUCCAUCUCGAGGAGGAACUGAAAAUAGUACAACAUCACCCAAAAAGGACAGAAUUGAACGACGUGAAGCAAUUGCAUAUUGCCAUAAACCUCGAUCUUUUAAACAACCUAUCGAUCGCAGACCACCUCCAGAGUUUAUUAAACGAAAACCAAGAUUCUCAUUUCGUUCAAAGAUCAUUUUUUUUUUAAUCAUAUCCGGCGGCAUCUUGUAUUUCGGUUUUAAAAACAAUGAAUACUGCGAUAGUGCGACAUCCUCUCUUCAGGAAGGUGAAAACGAUUCAACAUCAUCUCAGCUCAUAAAUGACCAGACAUGCACACCAUGUCCCAAGGGAUCAAUUUGUUCAAAAGGCGUUAUCACAGAGUGUGAAAGAGGCUUCAAAUUGGAAACAUCAUAUUUUAGGUUCAAUAAACCUUAUUGUGUGAUUGAUAAAGAUCAGAUGGCAAAUGCAAAGAAAUACACUAAAGAAUUCAAAGAAAUUGUUGCUCACGAAACGGGGAGAUUCGAAUGUGGAUAUGACAAAGACAAUCUGAUAUAUGAAAAUCUCAAACUUCGACUUAAAGAAAAAAUGCCAUCACAAGACUACGCUAAAUAUAGCGAAGAUGUGUACAAAAAUAUUGAACACGAUGAUGAUAUUUACUUUAUAAAGAAAGAUCAUAACGGUACUGUAAUAACUUCCAUAUACUCCAAAAAGCCAACUUAUGGAAUUUACUGUCAAUUAUCUAAUGCCGUCGUCAACCUCUUCAAUAACGUUUUUGACAAUCCAUUUUACUCGUUGAUUGUUGUAUCAACGAUAUCCGCAAUUUUAUUUCUCUUCUUGUCUGUCCGACGAUGGAUGUGGGAACGUAAUCAAGUAAACGACGCUUUUAAUUUAGCACUAAUGAGAUUAAGCGAAAAAAAACAAAUAAUUUGUCUUGAAUUUCGCGAAGAAGCUUUCGCACACGUGACGGACCCCAUGGAACGUCAAAAGCUUUUCCAACUGCUUGACGCAAGGGUUCGAGCAUACCCGUACGUCCGCGCCGGUAACAUCCGUUACAGUGGGUUUGAAGCGGGAUACUGGGAAUGGAAAGUCAAGACGUCGUCUCAAAAGCAUAAAAAGCGUAAGAUUGAACCAAUGUCGGACAUGUCUGAGGAGGAUAUCAUUUAUCGAGACUCAGCAGAAAAAGACCGUAAAAAAAAUUAUGAAGUGGAUUUUAUUGUUCACUCUGUUGAAGGUAUCGUAAAGAAUCAGGAUGAUGAAGUUAAUCAUGUAUCCAACAUUCUCGGUAUCCAGAGACAGCAUGCCGCGACGCUACUUCGUCAUUUUCGUUGGAAUAAAGAGAGACUCAUCGAACGGUACAUGGAUGAUUCACGAGAGGUUUUAAAUAAGGCUGGUGUCAUAACCGAUAAUACCAGAACACCAAAAUUUAUAAAGAUUCCUGGUUUCAUGUGUGAUAUCUGUUGUGAUGAUGACGAAGAUCUAUAUACCUUAGCUCUAUCUUGUGGUCACAGAUUUUGUCGAAAUUGUUACGAACAUUAUUUGACACAAAAGAUCAAAGAAGAAGGUGAAAGUCGCAGAAUUUUGUGCAUGGCCAACAAUUGUAAUGUAAUAGUGGACGAAAAAACAGUCAAAUUAGCAGUGAAUAAAGAUAUACAUGAAAGAUAUCGUUCGUUACUAAAUCGUACGUAUGUUGACGAUAAUGAAUAUUUGCGAUGGUGUCCUGCUCCUAGUUGUGAAUAUGCUAUUGAAUGUCACGUUCUACCCACUUCACUCAUAAGCAUCGUCCCAACAGUUGAAUGUGCUUGUACACAUCGCUUCUGCUUUGGCUGUGGUCAUCCAGAUCAUCAACCUUCCAUUUGCGCUCUUGUAAGGAAAUGGAUUAAAAAAUGUGAAGAUGAUUCCGAGACAGCUAAUUGGAUUUCUGCUCAUACAAAGGAAUGUGGGAAAUGUCAUUCAACUAUUGAAAAGAAUGGUGGAUGCAACCAUAUGACCUGUCGUAAAUGCAAAUAUGAAUUUUGCUGGGUCUGUAUGGGUCCUUGGUCAGAGCAUGGUACUAGCUGGUACAAUUGUAAUCGUUAUGAUGAAAAGACUAGCAUAGACGCAAGAGAUCAACAAGCAAAGUCUCGCGCUUCUUUGGAACGAUACUUACAUUUGGACCGUGAAUUGUACAACAAGACUGAGAAAAAGAUGGAAGAGAUGCAACAAACUUCUGAUCUAUCUUGGAUUGAGGUUCAAUUCCUUAAAAAGGCUGUUGAUAUCCUCGUUCAAUGCCGUAUGACGCUCAAAUGGACUUAUGCUUUUGCCUUUUACCUUGCUCGUAACAAUCAAACUGAAAUCUUUGAAGAUAAUCAGCGUGAUCUUGAAAUGGCAGUCGAACAGCUUUCAGAGUUGUUGGAAAAACCUAUCGAGGCCGACAAAAUUGCUGAACUGAAACAACAAGUAUUGGAUAAAACUGUUUAUGUCGGAAGUCGAAGAGAGGUAUUAUUAGAAGAUACCGCCAAAGGAUUGCUUGAAUCCCGUUGGGAAUUUCAA